AUGGAGCCGCUCAUGAAGGCACAAAAACACCGACCUGACCAUCCGAUCGUUUUGAUUGUCGACGCUCUCGAUGAGUGUGAGCGAUAUGAAGACAUUGAUUUGCUCAUCGACUUGUUUACGGAUUCUAGCGUCAUGAAAUUGUCACAGUGGAAGAUUUUCAUCACAAGCCGGCUUGAAAUACCUAAUCGCCGGGCAUUUGGGAAAGCAACAGCCGGAUCCUACCAUCCAGUGACUCUUCAUGAACUGCCUGAGCCCGUGAUUGAGCAUGACAUCUCUUCGGUUCUGAUUAUCGCCGCCUGCCGUCCGACUGUGCCUCUUUUCAUCUUCGCUACUACUAUGUGUCGCUUUAUCGCGGAUGUCAAGUUUGGAAACCCCGAUGAUCAGAUCCAGGACGUUCUUGCAUACGGACAAACGAAAACCAAGUCCCGGCUCGACUCUACAUACCUCCCCAUCCUGAACAGAUUGUUGGUUGGAAUGGAUGCGGAUGAUAGAAGCAAAGUCAUACAGAGGUUUAAGUCUAUUGUAGGCCCUAUCAUCAUGCUGGAAACGCCAUUGUCUACGGAAUCGCUCAGUCGACUCCUUCAAGUUCCAAGAUAUCAGAUUGACGAUCAUCUCAUGAUGCUCCACUCGGUCCUUAGUAUUCCAACUUCGUCUGAUUUGCCAGUCAGAAUGCUACAUCUAUCCUUCAAGAAUUUCUUGACCGAUAUGAAGAACAAAGAAGCAACUGAUUUCUGGAUUGACGAGAAAGUAACUCACGCUGAUAUAGCAUCAAGAGCCUUGGCAUUUCUGGAUAGGGAGCUCAGACAGAACAUGUGCAACCUCCCGAGUUGGGGGACAGAGCGCUCAUCGAUCAAAGUUGAGACAAUAAAUGCUUCCCUUCAUCCUGAGGUUCAAUAUUCGUGCUGUUACUGGGUGCGCCACAUUCAGCAUGCAGGGGAUAUGCUGGAUGAUGGUGGCUUGGUUCACAAAUUCUUUCAAACCCAUUUCAUGCAUUGGCUGGAAUGCCUUGGUUUUUUGGGGGAUGCCUACGGGUGUAUCGGUCAUGUGAAGGCACUGCAAAUGCUGAUUGAUCCACGAGAUGGCAAAGAACUUUCUCUUCUUCUCGAUGACUCCCUAUCCUUUGUUCUUGCCAAUGCAUCAGUCAUCGAUGCUACACCAAUUCAGUUGUACUCAUCCUUGCUUGUCUUCGCACCCAUGAAUAGCCACCUCCGGAAAGUCUACGAGAAGGUGAUACCUGAUUGGAUUGUCCUUCAACCCAGAGUGAACGUCGAUUGGGGUCAAAGUCUGCAUACCCUUGAGUGUGAUGCAUGUUUCAUAUCAUUUUCUCACGAUUCCAAACUGGUGGUAUCACUCGAUAAUUCCAGGCACGCUGUUAGGAUAUGGGACGUGGACACAGGCCGAUGUAUAUGGAUACUGGAGUGCCACGAUCGUUCUGAUGUCACCAUGGCCAUCUUUUCGGAUGACUCUACUCGUGUGUUAUCGGCUUUAAGUAAUGGCUCAUUCCGCGUCUGGAGUGUCAGAACGGGAGAGUGCAUAAGAUUUACCAAAGAUCAUACCGAGGGGGUAAUCCAUGGUUUUGGUUCCUCUAUCUCAACAUUCUUGGCAUCACCGGUGAAAGUCGACAUUGCCAAGAUAUUAAAAACAGGAAUUUAUGAAUUUAUUCGGGACUUCGACCUCGAAAACGAUACAGCGCGGGCGGCAGCCUUCUCGCCUAACGCCAAACUACCCGGAAUCUGUCGUAUGGUUGGUGAGAGCUAUUACGUAUUCGCUCUUAAUUUCUCUCAAGACUCAGCCUUUUUCGCUUAUUCUGGUUACCCUCAUACAAAAGUCAAGAUAGUCCGGACCAAUAACGGAGAGUGCGUGAGGGAGCUAAAACACACAAAGUUGAUCGACUCAGUUGUAUUUCCGCACGACUCUGUGCUGCUCGCUGCAAGCAAUGGCAAUGACAUUUGGAUCUGGAAUUUCGGUGCUGAGAAAUGCGUACAGGUACUCACAGGACACGGAAGUAGAAUCCGCCAUAUUGCCUUUUCCCAAGACUCGACUCUGCUAGGCUCGUCAUCAGAUGACGGUACUGUACGAAUUUGGAGAAUUCAUACUUCACAUGACCAUCAGAUAUCCGACCAGACUGAGCAUCUUGGUGAGGCAUCAUGUGCGGCCUUUUCACCUGACUCAGCUCUCAUUGCGACCUCAAACGACACAAGCUUGAGCAUUUGGGAUGCGAUGACUGGCGAGUGCAAAAGGGCUUUCACAUCGGCUUUUGUAGCUCUAUCAAAGGACUGGCGGUUUGCCUUAGUACGGUAUUUGGUCAAGCUGUCUCCACCUCCUCGAAUAUUGCGGCUUGAUACGGGCGCCCCUGUGCAAACGCUCGACGUGGAUAUUGACCGAAUUAAAUAUGCCGAAUUUUCUCCCGAUUCAACCUUGGUGUUGAUUGCCACGUGGCGGAACAACGAUGAAAAUAUCGAAUCAAAAAUUGUUAUAUGGCUCGCCGAAACAGGGCAAUGUGUGAAAGUUCUCGCAGCUGGAUCCGGUGAUAUGGCUGCAGUCUUCUCUCCCAACGGACGACUCGUCGCCACAUCCACCGCUCAUGAUAUCAGCCUCUGGAACACCAGCCAUUGGUGCCGUACGCAAAAUUGGCAGAAUAUGCAAAAUAUGCAAUACGAGACGCUGAACGGGUGCUCGCGAACGAAGUUUUCGCCGGACUCGACGCUCCUUGCGUCGAGCCAACGCACGAUGAAGGUGUGGCACUGCGGCUCUGGUAAAUGCAUAUUUGAGAUAAAUCACCAAGCAGGUAAUAGGGCCUGCUCAAUUUCGAACGACUCCAAGUUCAUUGCAAUGCACUUACGGCAUGGGUUACUAGGCUACGACGAAAUUCAAGUAUGGUGCAUGGAGACAAGCCAACGCCUGUAUAGUAUUGAGUUGAGGCCCGCUCCGUACUCAUACGUAGUUUCAGCGUUCGAAGACAACGACUGGGUUCGUUUCACACUGGAUGAUUUAGGGCUUGAAACCAGCCAUGGGGUAAUCGCCCUGUCCAAUUUUCUUCCUACGCAGUUGAACAACGCCCGGGUGUUAUCCAGCUUCUGCGGCUACGGUAUUAGCUACGACCGGACCUGGAUCACCUGGAAUGGGAACAGAUUACUUCGACUCCCAGCUCAGUAUCAACCACGGUGCUCAGCUGUGCACCUGAACACAGUGAUGCUCGGGGGUGUAUCUGGUCGAGUCACCAUUCUCGGGUUUGCCUCUCCGCCGCCGGAGACUGUAUGUAAGACCCCUGCAUUAGUAUUCUAA